UCCCGAUGUUUCCGCAAUGGAUUAUGGGCUGUCUUUAUCGACAUUUAGUUGAUCGAAAAUGAAAGAAAACAUCGGCGAUCGGAAAUAAAUGGGAAAAGAAGUGCGUUAAUAAAGAAGCGUCGAUGCACAUCUAUCAUGAUCGGUCACGGAACUAAGUGAGCGAUCAAAAUGCCAAAUUUCACCGGUACCGUGAAACUGAAGAUAUGUGAAGCUGUUGAUUUACGUCCAACCGAAUUUUCAACGCGACAUGCAAAUGUCGUUGGCAAACAACAACAGAUGUUAAUUGACCCUUAUGUAUCUAUCGACGUCGAUGAAAUUCAUAUUGAUCGAUCUUCGACUAAGCAGAAAACUUCUAAGCCGAUCUGGAACGAAUAUUUUACUUCCGAAGUGCACAAUGCCCAACUCUUAGGAUUGACUGUCUUUCAUGAUGCCGCUAUACCUCCCGACGAUUUCGUUGCAAAUUGUACUAUUUCUUUCGAUGAAUUGGUCAAUUCUGCGAAAGAAACGGGCAAUGCAGAGGCCGAUAUAUGGAUUGACCUAGAACCUGGCGGAAAACUGCAUGUUGUAAUUGAACUGCAAUCGCAAGAAAAUGCAUCUCAGAAGCCUAAAGUUUUUAAAGAAAGGCAAGGUCUCAACCGACGAAGGGGUGCAAUGCGUCGUCGUGUUCAUCAGGUCAAUAGUCAUAAAUUUAUGGCUACGAUUUUGCGACAGCCAACAUUUUGUUCUCAUUGCCGAGAAUUUAUAUGGGGUCUUGGUAAACAGGGAUAUCAAUGUCAAGUAUGUACCUGUGUAGUUCAUAAACGUUGCCAUGAAUUUGUUGUUACAAAGUGUCCAGGAUCAAGAGAUACAACAGCUGAUGAGUUUACAGCUGGAAGUAGAUUUAACAUCAAUAUGCCUCAUCGUUUUACAGUUCACAAUUAUAAAAGGCCAACAUUUUGUGACCAUUGUGGUUCUAUGCUCUAUGGUCUUUUUAGACAAGGAUUACAAUGUGAAUCCUGCAGCAUGAAUGUACAUAAGAGAUGUCAAAAGAAUGUUGCAAAUAAUUGUGGAAUAAAUCCAAAACAAAUGGCCGAAAUAUUAAGUGUUAUGGGUAUAUCUGGUGAUAAGUUGUCCAGGAAAAAGAAAAAAGAAUGUCCUUUACAGACAUCAAUCAGUGAAUCUCCCAACAAACUUUCUCAAGUAACAGAAAGAUCACGUACUUCUCCUCUUCCUUCUACUACAGAUCCACAGCCAGAUCUUACUUCGCCACAUUUGGAAACUGGAACAGAUAAAUCUAAUCAAAUGGCGUUAAGAAUACCGGGUAUAACUUUAUCCUCUGAUCAAAAUCGGGACAAGAGUCACACAACAAUAGGUGUUCAUAUGGAUGAUGACCAUUAUAAUUAUGAAAGUAGACCUAACAGACUUGGUUUGGAGGAUUUCACGUUCAUAAAAGUGCUUGGAAAAGGAAGUUUUGGAAAGGUAAUGCUUGCAGAGAAGAAAGGCACUGAAGAUGUUUAUGCUGUGAAAGUUUUAAAGAAGGAUGUAAUUCUUCAAGAUGAUGAUGUUGAUUGUACAAUGACGGAGAAACGUAUAUUAACCCUUUCGGCUAAACAUCCUUUCUUGACUGCCAUCCAUUGUUGUUUUCAAACUGAGGAUCGAUUAUUUUUUGUUAUGGAAUAUGUUAAUGGAGGAGAUCUCAUGUUUCAAAUUCAAAAGGCUCGUAAAUUUGAUGAACCAAGAGCACGUUUCUAUGCAGCAGAAGUCACGUUAGCAUUGAUGUUUCUACAUCGAAAUGGUGUAAUAUAUAGAGAUCUGAAGUUAGAUAAUAUUUUAUUGGAUAGUGAAGGCCAUUGUAAGAUUGCUGAUUUUGGAAUGUGUAAAGAAAAUAUUAUUAAUGGUGCAACAACAACAACAUUUUGUGGUACUCCAGACUAUAUAGCCCCUGAGAUCUUACAAGAAUUGGAGUAUGGUCCUUCUGUUGAUUGGUGGGCUUUAGGAGUAUUAAUGUAUGAAAUGAUGGCUGGCCAACCUCCAUUUGAGGCUGAUAACGAAGAUGAUUUGUUUGAAUCUAUUUUACAUGAUGAAGUUCUUUAUCCUGUUUGGUUGAGUAAAGAAGCUGUUUCUAUUUUGAAAGGAUUUAUGACAAAAAAUCCAGCAAAAAGGUUAGGCUGUAUUGCAUCUCAGAACGGAGAACAAACUAUUUUAAAUCAUUCAUUUUUCAAAGAUAUGGAUUGGGAUGCAUUAGAAGCACGCAAAGUAAAACCACCUUUUAAACCAAAAAUUAAAACAAAACGAGAUGUCAACAAUUUCGAUUCGGAUUUUACUAAAGAAGAGCCGGUAUUAACUCCAGUAAAUCCGGAAGUACUACGCAACAUCAAUCAAGAUGAAUUUGCAGGUUUUUCAUUUGUUAAUGAAGACUUUAAUCCUGCCAAGUUUGUGUGUGAUGGACCUGCAACAUAGUUACAGUAAGCACUGUGUCAAUUUGACCCUUUGUUGUAGAAAUGUUUUGUCUAGUCACUGUUAUAGUAUAUUCAUAAUGAAGCACCAGAUCCAUCCUUGCUUCAUUGUUAUUGAAUGACAUGAUGGCAUGUCUAGACAUAAAUCUGCAGAUAUCCAUUAGCCUUCCAUUGAAGUUUAUGGCAAAGGGUGCUAUGGAAACACUUCAGUGCUCCUGCUGACCUUCGUAUUUUAUUGGUGUACAAUGUAACAUUUGAGAUCCUUUCGGUUAAAUUCGGCUAUAAUAAAUUCAAUUGUCAUGGCAAACUCACAUAGGAAAAAGAAUAUUGGAACGCUAAAUGUCGCCUCAUAAACAUUCUCUAAUUAGAAGCAGAAUUUGUCUAGAAAAAAUGAGUUAUUCAUUGUGGUAGAAAUUAUAAUUGUACUAUUUGCUUCAUGUUUCAAAUUUGCAAAUAUAAAAAGUUGACUUCGGAUGACAGUUCAUCUACUUUUAUUUUACGUAUGCGGGGAUAAAUUGUUAUUCGAGAUAAGAAUUUAGGAAUCGAGAUUGGUUUUGAUUUUCCUAUUUCUUCUAUCUCACUGUUCUCUUUCUGCAUUAAAAAAUAGUCCCACCAGAAUUGAAAUAUUUAUCUCUGUGUAGCAUAUUUAUGCAUGUAUAUAUUCGCUUGCCAUUUGUUGUGCUCGGAAAAAAAUGAUUAAGUGAUAUAUAUCAAGAAACAAACUAUAAUUAGGCCUUCUCGGAUGCAGAUUUAACAAUAAUUUAAAGCAAAGUGUCUGUGGGCUUUUUUUUGGUGCAGAAACAGCAGCAUAAGCAGUAGUAGUAUUUAUUAGUUUUUUCCCAGUUCACCAGUUAAUGCUUAAAUUUCCAAUUAUAAUUCUUGAAUCAAGAUAGAUAAAUAUUUUGUGGAGAGUUACAAAAUUUUAAUAUAUUACAGUCCAAUUCUUUACGGUUCCUAAAUUAGGAUUUAUAUACUCCACUACCUUUUUCUAUUGGUACAAAAUCUGAGAUUUGAAAUAUUUUGCUUAAAUUCAUUACGAUGUUAAAUCUUAGAACCAAGAUACCUCGAGACAAAAAAAAUCGACCAAAAUGUUUUUGUAUGUUAAAGAUAAGCUUAACUCGUCGGACAAGCAAGAGGGUCAAAAUUAAUCAAUUAAAAAACCAUUUACAUUUUAAAUAAUAACCUCGUCAUUUUGAAUUUUAAAUCUAAAUCAUCGUAAGGAGAUGAACUUUGAUAUUUGCAUUCAAUAAUUUUAAUUUAAUAGUAAAAAAAAAGGGAAAAAACAAAAUCAGUAUUCUGCUUUGCCUUGGAGUAUAGUUUUGAUAUUUUGAUAGAUUUUCAUUUUGAAACAUUGUCUUAUUAUACUUGAAUAUGUAUUUUAGAAAAGAAUAAUUUGAUAGUUAAAAUGCUUUGUUUCUAAAUAGAUGAAUGCUCUUUUAUGAUCCAAACUUGUUAUUUUUGUGAUGUUACAAUAACAAAACAGUACUUCCCAAUUUAACUCCUCAAAUUUUUAUGGCAUACAAUUCUCUGCUUUUCUUUUAUGUAUACCCCAAAACUUUUAUAUACAUACUUAUAUAUAUAUACAUAUAUUAUACAUAUACACACAGACACACACUAUUUCUUUGUUUAUUUUGUUUUUUGUUUGAGAGAGAGAAAGAGAGAGAGUAUAUGUGUGUUGUUCUAAUAAAAACUCUCCAACAUAAAUAACAAAACACAUUAUAAAUCAUGUAAGGGGUACUAAAUUUUAUUUUCUUUUAUUGUAUAUUUGUUUGUGUACAUUUUGUUUAGAAGAGAAUGGAAAUUGCAUUCUUAGUUUUUAUUUAUUUAUUAUUAUUUUUAUUUUGUAUUUGUUCAAGAGCCAUAUCAGGUAUUAAGCUAAAAAGUGCCAACAAAGUUUAAAAAAAUCAAGGUCAGAUAUUAUUUAUUAUUGUUUUGUGAAUUUAUACUUGAUUUAUAUCGUUCUACCGAUUAGUUUUACAACAUUCUCUCUAUUGACAUUCUUCCUUCGAUUCGAACAAAUUUCUGAUCAACUCUUUUUUAUAAAAUUUGUUAGUGAUUUAGUAUAUUUUCACAUUCCACGAAUUAGAAUUAGACAGUAAAAAAGAAAGAGGAAAGGCAGAAAUAAGUCUUCUUUAAAAAGUUAUCUGACCUUGAACAUAAACUGGAUCGCAAUCGCUGGAAUUAAAAAUUUGUCUUUAAAAUAAGUUUGUUCGGCACUGAUAUACAUAUAAAUAUAUAUAUGUAUAUGAAUAUGACAAACACUUACUAGUCAAUUCUUUUUAUUUUAAGCUACAAUUCGUAUUCGUUACAAUCUUCGGUAGCAUUUUCAUUACAGAAAGUAUUUUCUCGUAAUCACGUUAAACCAUAUUUUAAAAAAAUAGCAAAUGGCCAGUGAAGUUUUGAAAAAGUAAAGCCGCAUUGCCUGAAUUAAUCAAAGAAGAAUAUCAGCAUGUUUUUUAUUAUUCACAAAUGUCAGAAAAUUUACAAAUUUGUUAAUGGAUUGUUGUUUGUAUAAAGAAGUUUGCAUUUAUUUUUGUUAUUCCCCUUUAUUAAAAGAUUGUGAUCAUUGUCGGCAACAUACGAUCUGUUUUGAUCAUUAUUCGUAGAUGGUUUGAAGUAGAAAAAAGAAAACUUUGCAGAUCUCUGUAGAGUUACGUUAAGUCGUCCUUGUCGCGAUAUUCCCCCAUCUUUUUGUUAGUACUUACAGAAUUUUAAUGUCCAAAAUAUUAAACCAUCUAUGAACAAAAAAAUUCUAUUGUGUACAAAGUACAGAUUUUUGCUGAGCGAAACUGGUACGUGGAUUCCGUUCAAACGUAAAUUUUAAAAGUUUAACAAAAAUCGACAUGUAAAAAAUUGCAGCUUUUGUGGUACACGAAACAUUUCGUCAUAGAAAUGUUUCAUCUUCAGCAUCACUAUCCAUUUAACUGUGCCAAACAUAAGUCAAAAGAAAUCUGUAUCGACAGAAUAAAAAAAAACUGUAUAUCAGUAUAGAGAUUAUAUUUGUGUUGCUGUAUUAUUUAUGGUCAUGGCUGCAUUGUAAUUUUAUGUGAUAUCGACAAAAUAAAUACUAAUGUAUCGAUAUAUUCGGAAAGUACUUAAGAAAAUAACAUAGAAAAAUUUAUUACAAUAUAUCUCCACCCGAGUGGCAUAACUUGCAAUGGUAGAAAGCAAUUUAUGUUUAAAAUAUAUCAUUAUUAUUUAUAUUUUGAUUUUAAAUCUGUUAAAUUGCUGAUGUAAAGUGAAAUGAGAAUCAAGCAGCUGCAAUAAAAUUUUUAGUAAUUGUA